UGAUUAUGCAUGAGCCCUCUUCAUACAGAGCCAUUGACCUGCAUUUGAAUGAAAGUAGGUUACGCCGUGUGAACACACACUAUGCCUUCUAAACAAGCACUCGUUAAGCUACCCCUCUAUUGUGCUUGUGUGGGAGAGUGUAUAAUGCAAGCCUAAAUACGCAUAGUUCAUCGGUAAGGAAGUGGCGUUCGUAGCGACGGUGGCUUUUGUACGUUGGUUCUUACGCAGCAGCACGCGAGCUAGGGAAGCGGUGACGAGGUUUGAAUAGCCCUAUGAUGAUUCAGUCUUCAGUGUGUGCUGUAAGAUAGUUGACUACAAGCAUAGUACCAAGCAUGGAAUCUUCUUAAAUGGAUUAUAUAUAUCAUGGAUAACCAGACUCCUAUCACUGCUAUGUAUGGGAUAUGAGGUGAGUCAUCAUGGAGAUACAACAGAGAAGGGGUCACCAGUCUGGUUACCAGCCAAGGACUGAGAAUGGGACCGGCUACCAGUCUUCACAGAGCAAGGAGAGAUCUGAAGGAGGAAUGUCCAAACAGGACCUACUUCAGAGAUUAAGAGCAAACAAGAACCGCCAGAAUGAUCAGCUUGUUUCCAGGACAACUAGACUAUCCGACAGACCGCAUAGUGGUCCAAGUCCUACAGGGAGACCACAGCCUGGUACUAGUCCUCCAGGAAGACCACAGUCUGGUACCACUCCUCCAGGAAGACCACAGUCUGGUACCACUCCUCCAGGAAGACCACAGUCUGGUACCACUCCUCCAGGGAGACCACAGCCUGGUAAUAGUCCUCCAGGAAGACCACAGUCUGGUACCACUCCUCCAGGAAGACCACAGUCUGGUACCACUCCUCCAGGAAGACCACAGUCUGGUACCACUCCUCCAGGAAGACCACAGUCUGGUGCAAGUCCUGCAGGUAGACCACAGCCUGGUACUAGUCCUCCAGGAAGACCACAGUCUGGUACUAGUCCUCCAGGAAGACCACAGUCUAGUGCUAGUCCCACAGGGAGACCACUGGCAAGUCAAGACCGUGUGCGUGUUGAGGUCCAGGUCCAUGCUAGGAUGAAUCCAGAUCAAACUUUAGAAAGGACAGAUAUUCGUAGGAGAAGACGUUCAACUCAGCCACAAAGUGGCACAGAAUCACACAUUCUAGAACAACAGAAAAAUGGCCCUGUUGCACCACCUAGAAAGAGAUAUUCCACUGAUGAUGUAUUGCAAGAGAGUCCUGAUAGCAAGCAACAGGAUGUUCAAAAGGAAGAAAGCAUUCCAAGACCAAUGCCUCGACAACGACGUUCACAGAGCCACGAUCGUGGAUUGACACAGCAGAAAAGAUCUGAUGCUGAGAAACAGGUCUUAUUAAAACAGUAUGAGCUUUUACAACAGCAGAAAAAUCAACAAAUAGAGAAAGAAAGGCAACAGCGGAGUACAAGAGAAGUGCAGAAAGUGAAAGUCAAGCAGGAGUUGCAAUUUUUAAGUGAGCAGGAGCAGAGAGUUGUCCAUAAAUUACAAAAGUUUGAAGAUGGGUCUUCCACUGAGCACAAUGUGAACUGGGUUCGAAAGCAACAAAAGAUGUUUGACAGGCAGCAUGAUAUAAAGAUUCAAGGAGAUAAGAAACAUCAGUACCUUGAAGCAGCCAACAGAGCCAUGCAAGAAGAACGACAACAGGUACAACACCAGCAACAGGUACAACACCAGCAACAGGUACAACACCAGCAACAGGUACAACGCCCGCAACAGGUACAACGCCAACGGAGGAGGCGCCCUCAACCUGAGUCCGCACCACAGGAACAGCAACAGUCAACUCAACAAGCGAAAUACAGACCACCUCCAGUUAUGCCAAAACCUCAAAGCCCAGAGCAGAUGAUGGCUCAAUCAGUCACGAGACAGAAAACAAGAAGUCAAGAUCAGUAUUAUCAUUUGCAACAACAACAACAAUUACAUCACCAAAAUGAAAAGAUUAGAUUGCAGCAAGAGAGAUUAAAACACAACCAGGAUCGGUCCAAACAAGAAUCAUCUUCUAGUCACCUUCUUAAUCCGGGACACCAAGAUCAAAGAAGCAGGAGACCAUCAGCGAGAAACAGUGAAGCAAGCAAUCACAGCCAGAGUUCUUCCGAUUCCGGUGAAGUUCGUUUACUGAAUUACAAACGUAGAGGUUCUCUUGUAGAUGUCCAGCCUUCAAAAGAACACACUAAACCUCAUAUAAAAAAUCCAGUUGCUAGACUCUCCCAAGCCUUUAGGAAAGGUACUUCACCCCCAGCUCCACAAAAACAAACUGAGAGCAAUGUCUCAAGUAAUCUCAGGAGUCUGGUAGAACAGUCUAAGUCAUCUUCUUUAAAGAGAGAAGGAAUAUCCAGUCAACAAAUGGAAGAGAUUAUUAAAAGAACAGCUGAACGCAUGAAGCUAGAGCAAAAGCAAAUGAAAGAGGCUGAAGCGAGGCUAAAUAGUAGUCAGGAACGCCCAAGACGUAGAAGAAGAGAAAGCCAAGGGAUUGAGGAGAGUAAGACGCAGCAGACGACGGGAAACGAGAAUCGGGUUACGAACAUCAAAGCAGGAAGUAGUUCAUUGGAUGUUUACAACGCUCCACAUGCGGAUAUGACAAGGCCUCAGGAUCAAGGGUUACACAGGGUUAAUGAUAGAAAAGAUAAUCUUGUGGCUGAAUCGAAGACUAGUUCAGAGAUCAAUGCCAGCCCUGAGAUCGUUUCAGGUGCAAGAAGUGGGGCAGAUGAAAGUGAUGGGUAUAGAGGAGUAACCAUGGUUACGGAGACUGCUCAUCAAAAGUCGCAUCAUGACACAGAAAUGAGAGGUAAACUAGGAGUUAGUAAAGAGCUUGAAGGUGAUUGUAAGAUAAGAUCAGAGGAUGACCAGAUCAGUAAACUCAGUGCUAUAGAAGAAGAGAACACGCCAAGAAGUGAUAGUAGACAUAACUCAAUAGAGGGCGCUAUUAUAUCUUCUGUAGCAAACGAUAUCCAAUCAGAUGGUGAGGAUAAAGCUUUAGAUGAAGCUCUUUGUUUACUUCAUGAACUUGCCUCCACUCAGGUUACAACAGAUACCAAAUCAGUAGAAUUCCCAAACAAUAUAUCUCAGAGUAAUAUUAAAUCUCAUGAAAGUAAAUCUCGAGAUAAUAGGCUCACGUCUUCACUGUGCGAAAUAGAAUCCACGUCUCCUGAAACUCAGGGUAAGAAAUCUGAAAAUAAAUGUCUGGAUAUUAGAGAGUCUUCUUCCACUCCACAGGGAAUAGAAACCAGAUCUCUGGAGAAUAAAUCAACCUCACACAAUAAUGAGAGCAAUGAUGGACAGGUCUCCUCUCUCAAUGGUAAACCCAUUAGCGAUAGUGUGAAAGUGAGCCCAAAGAGAGCAUUAGCUACCAGUCUUCCUGACUCUGUGAUAAGGAAUGUGAGUGUCGAGGGCACACGUGUAGACAAGGCCCAAACAGAGGAAACAGCGCUCAGUAGAAAUAAACAUAGAGAGGAAAUACAGCCUAUAAGCAAUGCUGCCAUUGGAACGAUAGAGAGGCGUCAUGAAGAGCUAGCUCGUACAGUGACUCCUAUACCAGAAGUGAUAGACGGUGAACCGGGAGAAGACGGGAUCGCUAUCCGUCGUAAGCGCUUUGUCAAGCAAGUAAGUUUCCAUGCUGAGUCUGGUAGACUACAGCAAGUGAUAGGAGAAGCAGACAAAGAGAGCUCACCUCCUGAAACACCUCAAACUGAGACAUCACCGGACUCACAGAAGAGAGGUAUUCUAGCGAGAGGGCGCUUCUCAGGUAAACGUGAUCAUCCAAGCCUGUCCAAGAAGACCGGUGAGAUGUAUCGCAGACCGAAGAGUGCCAUCUUUGACAUUGUGAUUCGCAAGCAAACGGAUAGCAAAGAGAAGAGCGAUGGAGGACGACAAAGGCCGAUGAGCGCCCUCUAUAUUUCGGAAGGAGACGCUGAUCCGACUGAACGGGGAAGGCCGCUACCCAAGCACUAUCGGCCUCAGAGCGACUCUUUGAUGCAGUUAGAUAAGUUUGAUAGCCUUCAAAUCAAACCCAAACCAAGAAGAGAGCGAUCCCCAAGUCCGCUUGUAGUUUCUCCUGAUACGGGCCUUCGUGGGUUUAGCAGCCCGGUAACGCAGCGCAAGCUGCGCGAUCGUCGUCGCACUCAGCAAAGGAUGCUACCACCCCCUAGCAACACACUGAGAAUGCCUCGACAACCAAGACCAGGCCGUAUGGCCGUCAUCGUUGAUUCCUUGAAGACUGGACUCCGAGAUUCAAUCCGUGCUAGCAAUGAGAAGCUAGAGGUGAUGAAGGAACAUCAAGAAGAGACCAAGGCUACAGAUAAAUCAAGACAAGGAUUUCAUUACAAUCUAGACAAGCAAACUAAAGCAGCUGAAAGAUAUAUAAGGAAACUUCAGUUUCAUCUUGCCAAGGUAGAGGAACUCCAGGAGUUAUAUGAGAAAGAACUAAAAGUCAGGGAAGGUGCAGUCAACAUGGUGAAGGCAUACCACGAUGCUAAUUCACCUAAAGCUAAGGAGCCUGUGAGCGAGGCUAAGGUUGGAGUGCGAGACUGCACACAAGCUUUAUGUCAUAUGGAGGCUGAAUUGGAGGCUAAUCUUGGUGCCUUUGUACUGAAGAUUGAAGGUAUCGCUGGGUUUGCUCGAGUCACAAGAGGAGAUGUCUUUGAGAUAACUUUCAAGUAUGGCUUUCAGAAGUUCAAGACGAAGUGUAAGGUUGAGAAGGAUCUAAGUCAGACGUGGGAAGGUGAUGAGAUUGUUCUUUAUCCCAUGGUGGGAGACUUCCUCACAAUCAAGGUCACAGAGAUCAGAGGUAUUGCUAGAUCCAACGUUACCAUCGGCAACCUGGAGUUUGAUACGUCAGAUUUCUACGGAGCUGAACCGCAGAACUUGACGAUUGAUGUGAAUGAGACCGGUACAAUCAAACUGAACAUCAUUGUAACAUGGAGUCCAUUCCACGUAGAUGAAGAUGACCUCAAACAGCUCAAUAAGAACUCAUAUCAUCGGAGAGAAAGAACCCUCACUGAUUCCAUGAUCAAUGUACAUCAAAAGAGAUUAAGUACAGCAUCUACAUCCUCCUCAUCUGACACCCCUCACUCACCGAUGCGUCCUAAACCCAAGCCUGCAGAGUUCUCGUCGUCACCUACCCUAACACUAGAGGAAGCGUUACACAACGUGGUGCGCUUACUAGAGAUCUUAACGGGGCAGUAUAGUGAACUGAGACCGUUAGAACAACAGAUCACACAUCUAGACUCAUUCCUCAGGAAGAAUCUUGAUAAGAAGCGUCGUGAGUCAACCAUCAGUCUUUCAGUCAAGAAUGCUUUGGAUAGUUUUGACUUUCUGAACGAGAUAGACGAAGGUCUAAGUGAAACAACUGAUUCCGCUAGUAUGGAAGAGACGAAUCAUAAGAAUGCUUAUGACAGUGUGGAUAGUGUAGGGGUAUCUUCAGAUCGUCUGAGUGAUUCUACAUGUAUAGAAGAGGACCUCUCUCCUCAGGUGGAGCUACGUAGCAUCAGAUCAUCACCAUCCAACAACACAUCCGUCAAGAGAAGUAGUCGGUUUCUGGAUCUUAGCGAGAAGCGGGAGAGUCGUAUGCUGGAGCUGAAUGAACAGCGAGGGAACCGUCUUCUUGAGUCUCCUGCCGAUAGUUCGUUUGGGAGUAUGAAACGUCUUCCUGGGUCGGAAGAGAAUCUGACUACCGGAAGUGAAUCCAUUGAUGUGACGCUAACUCAUCAUCUCAUGUUUACAGAAUACCUGCUCAGUCAUCUUGGUGCGUUUGGACCCCUCAAACUGAAGGAGACAAUAGCUCUGAACAAGCUCCAGCAGCAAGCAGUCAUCAUUGAGCAGUUGAUUGUGCUAGCCGUUAGUGGUAUCCAUGUCAGCUCAGCCGAUGAAGGUAGUACACAUCGGUUACUAGGGCCGGUUCUUCCGGAAUUGAAGCUGAAUCUGCCGCUCUUGGAAUUCUGGGAGCAGUGCAGAGAGAAGGAGGCCCUCUAUGUCAAUGCUGAUUCAUUCCUUCUUCAGCUUGAUGUGAAGUUUGGAGCCAAACUACGCACAAAUCAUCCAGAGAUAGCUGAUGAUGUCUUCCAUAGUGUGUGCAAUCGGAUCAUAGAGCGUCCCGCAGACCUGAUGAGUCCUAAGACUAUUAUAACACUAUUCCAAUAUGUCUCCUACUUCACGCAAGAAAACAGACGACAUCCAGAGAAAUGUCUGAAUGACAUCACUAAUGAAUUUGAGUUAACAGCAAGCUUAGAGCCUGGUAGACCUGAGCUUCUUAGGACCCUCAAGAGGAUACCUAAAGGCUUUCUAUUACCGGCUGGUAACCUCAGAGCGCUUGGUUUGUUACUACUCGAGGACAGCGCUACCGUGCAGGCAGCAGUACGCAUGUAUCUAGAGUCCAUCGCUAAGGAGGAUGACAUCAGACAAAAGGCUGUGACAGUGUACCUAGAAUGCCUAGAGGAAAGAGAUCUAUCGCUACGUCAGGCAGGGUGUGCAGCUCUAGCCGCUAUGCAGGCAUCGGAGUCAUUUGAACAGCUGGUGUAUUUAGUACGAUGUGAUAUAGAUGAUGUGAAGACAACAGCCAAAGAAGCUCUAAUGGCAUUUGGUGAGGAAGGGAGGCUGGCUUAUGAACAAGUUUCUUACUCUCCAUACGUAGCCUAUGAACAGCAGUAUACACCCAAUGGUGCUCCACUGAUGACAACUGAAUUAUAGCACCGGUAUACACUCAACAGUGCUCUGCUAGAGACUACAGCAUUGUAGCACUGGUGUACUCUCAACACUGCUCUGCAAAAGACUACAGCAUUACAGCGCCAGUUAACACUCACUCAACAGUGUCAUGCUAAAGAGUACACCAUUGUAACACGGCUAUACACCCAACAGUGCUUUGCUAAAGACUACAGCAUUAUCACACCAGUAACAGUGCUUCACAAAUGACUAUGGCGUUAAAGCACUGGUAAACACUCAAACAGUGCACCUCAAAUGUCUGUGGCAUUAUAGCACCAGUAUUCACUCAGCAGUGAACCAGAAUUAACAGUAUUAUUUUAGCGCUUAGCUUAAAGUCUUCAUGCUGAGUGUUUAACAGAUGUCUUUAUGUAUACAAUGACUUCAAAAGGCUUUUAUUCCUGAUUGUUCAAGGCGACCAGUCAGUGAAAAAGAGUUUUGUUUCAUUUGUUUAGGGUUUCAUACUGGUAUAGAAUAUCAAAUGGAAAUAUUACUUCUCUGUUGAAACAUCACUAUACGUAUGGGAACUUCAAAUUGGAUGAAAGGGUUAUGUCACUGUGGUGUAGUGCCAGACAACUUUCUCUUUCAGUCCAACAUACAAAAUGAUUCAAAUGUCAAUUAUACAACAUAUAUGGCUUAUGAGGGUUGUCUGUCUUUAGAUGACUUAUAAUAUUAUGCAAUCCAUACUAUGUUUUAAGUAGUGCUACAAGGGAGAAGGCACUUAAAAGAAAAACAGAAAUUAAUGCUAAUUUUGGACAAGACAAACGGGAGAGUUGUCCUUGUCUACAUCACAAUCCACUUACCAAAUUGCCAGUUUGUAGAUGCAAUAUGCACAUGGGCGGAUAUAGGUCAUUUAUAUCAAAAUUGUAAAGCCCACAGAGAUGAAUACUGGGUAUGUGAUCAUGAAAAUAAAUUACUUAUGUACAUUUAUGCUCUGACGAUUCAUCUUAUGAAACUCACGGUGAAAGUAUUCUUCUCAAGAGGGCAAACAAAAGGGGCCUAUGAAGCACAUCCAUCACUUUGGCAGUGAUGGUUCUAAAAUGCUCAAAGUGGAACUACUCCAUGUGUAAAAGAUCUGUGGAUAUUUAGGGUCAUUUGUACCACGUGCUAAACAAGAAAGGGUCUAAUUCUCUCAAUAAAUGAUGUAGACAGUUUACAGGAGAAUAAAUGUUUUAUUAAUAGCCUGUUACGUGAUCAUGCACUGGUGAUGAAAAGAAGAAGUACGCGAGUAUGUGUAAUACUAAAAGAAAUCAUGCUUGUUGUAAGAAAUGCAAUGUGCACAAAUCAUGUGUUUUGAUCAAUGUAUGUGUACACAAUCACAGUUUUUUUUCUACAUGUCGUUCAAAUGUGGUGCUAACAAUCUACUAUCCAAAUAAUCUCAUGACAUUAAAACUCUGUGACAGUGGAUGUGAUGUUAAGCAAGGUUGUGAAGUGGCAACAGCCUAGAUUUUAUAUGUGAGACGGGUAUGAAGAAAAAAAUGUUCCGUAGAGUCAUAUUACUGUAUAGAAAUAAUGUGGAAGGCAUAUAAACAUACUGCAAUCAUUGCAAUGUGUAUGUUUCCAGCUCGUCUUCAACACCUGGGGGGUGUUUCACAAAGCCUUUUUUCAAUGACAAAUGAAAAAAAUCAGUGACAAAUCUGCUGAUAACCAAUCAGAAGCAAGGAUUUCAGUUAUAACACAAAGUGUCAUUUGUCACUGAUGACAAGUUUUGUGAAACGCUCCCUGGGGUGGUAUUCUGAGAUUCUUUUUAUCUCAGUGAAAUACGGCCUCUGGAAUUGCAUUUCAAGAGAAACGGGUGUAAUAAAAUUUUGGAUUGUUUAUUACUUUAAAACAAGUUUGGGUCAGCAAAAUAUAAGCAAACAGGGUGAUCAGCUUGAUUUUCCAUAUCUUUCUUUGCUAUUCAAUUACUUGUCUGUUUUUUUCAAUUUAUAGUUUUACAAUUUUACAAGUCAUUGAGCAGAUAAGAUAUGAUUGUGAUAUUGAGCAGGCAAUGUAAGUGUGGUUUUCAACCUUACACUGUCACAAUGUGGUUUGAAUCUUAUUGGUUGAGAACUCAAGGUGACCUUCAAGUAAACUCAAGGUGACUUUCGAAUAACCACCAUGUUAUGCAGUCUUCUGAAUCACCAAUUAGGUGAAUGCAAUGUAAUGUAGUGAAGAAAAACAACAUGAAUUGUAAAUAUGAAUGUUCUUCUUAUCAAACUAUUAUCAAGCUCUCGUAGCUUUAAAGAAUCCUUGCCAUCGAGUUGUUCCUGUUAUCUUUAUGGCAAUGUACACACAGCAUAUACAUUGUAUGUUUAUUUAUUAAGUUGUUUCCUUGUGUACCUAAUAAGAUGCUAUAUAAUGAUGCAUAUGAUGUAUCUUUGGACAAGUUGAAUUAUUUUUAUGAAAGAAAUGAUUUGUGAAUAUUGAUCAAUGAUUCAGAAAUUAAGAAGAUAUUUUAUGAUGAUGAAAAGAUUGGCACUCUGUGUAAUUUGUAUAUAGGCAAUGCAAAAUGGAUUCCAAACGUCAUGCAUCACUAGUCAAUGAGCAAUCCUAUGUGGUGUGUAUAACAUUAAGCAAGUACCAUCCUAUCAUUGGAGUACCGUUGUAGUUAAAAUAAAUUGCAAUUUUCACCUUCUAGUUACAGAACACCCCUUUUUAUUAGUAACUGAACUGCCCCAAGCCAUCUCUAAAUUGUCAUAUACAUUAGCAACAAAAGUAGAGGGUUUAUAUGGCUUUGAAAUGUCUUUCGGAAUUCCCCAUUCUUGUACAAUAUUAAAUAUACUUCUUACUUUAGAAAGUCUCUGAGCAAUUAAUCAGGUUGAACUUGAAAUAUUAAUGAGUUUCACAUAGCUUUACAUGUAACAGGAAAUAUCUUGGAUCUGAAUGAGAUAAUGCUGUGAGAAAGAUGUUCAUCUCUCUCUCUCUCUCUCUCUCUCUCUCUUUCUUCAGAAAUUGCAAAAUAUCAAAUCUUUCUAUAAUCUUAAAUGUAUCAUAAUAAACUCAAGCCAAG